AUGGGGGAUUGGAAUUUAUUGGGUGGCAUCCUAGAGGAAGUUCAUUCCCACUCAACUAUAGUGGGGAAAAUCUGGCUGACCAUUCUCUUCAUUUUCCGAAUGCUGGUACUUGGUGUGGCUGCUGAAGAUGUCUGGGAUGAUGAACAGUCAGCAUUUGCCUGCAACACUCAGCAGCCAGGUUGCAACAAUAUCUGUUACGAUGAUGCUUUCCCUAUCUCUUUGAUCAGGUUCUGGGUUUUACAGAUCAUUUUUGUGUCUUCUCCUUCUCUGGUGUAUAUGGGCCAUGCACUUUAUAGACUUAGGGCUUUUGAGAAGGAGAGACAGAGGAAAAAGUCACACCUCCGAGUCCAGAUGGAGAAUCCAGAACUUGAAUUGGAGGAGCAACAAAGGAUAGAUACAGAACUGAAAAGGUUAGAGGAGGAGAAGAGAAUCCACAAAGUCCCCUUGAAAGGAUGUCUGCUGCGUACUUAUGUAUUACAUAUCUUGACAAGAUCUGUGAUGGAAGUAGGGUUCAUGAUAGGCCAAUUUAUUCUUUAUGGGUUUCAAAUGCACCCCCUUUACAAAUGCACUCAACCGCCUUGCCCUAAUGCAGUGGAUUGCUUUGUAUCCAGGCCCACAGAGAAGACAAUUUUCAUGCUCUUUAUGCACAGCAUUGCAGCCAUCUCUUUGUUCCUGAAUGUACUGGAAAUAUUUCAUCUGGGAAUCAGGAAAAUCAUGAGGGCACUUUAUGAGAAAUCCAGCAAUGAAGGCGUUGAAGAGGAAAGUGGAACCCCAUUCCAUUUGAAAAAAUAUUCAGUGGCCCAGGAGUGUAUGAUUUGCUCUCCCUUGUCUAAAAGAAUCUCUCUACUUCAAGCCAACAAUCAACAGCAAGUCAUUCGAGUCAGUGUGCCAAAGUCUAAAACCACGUGGCAAAGCUCACAGCCCAUGCCAGUUGAAGUAGACCCUUGCUAUGUUAAAAAAGAGUGGGCCAGGAAGGAUCAGUACAGAGGACAGCUCCAUGUGCACAGCCCAUGUCCCUGGGAUGGCGUUACUCAAAUUCAGCACCCGGGACAGCAACCAGACCGCUCCUCUGGCCUAGAAAAUGCAAAGUCCCAGUCCUGGGUAGGUACAGAGAUGGCUUCUAAACACUACCGAUCCCAUGCAGUAGGAACCUGGGAGCAGUCCCAGGGUCGACGAUCCUCAAGAGAGCCUCUCACAGAUUUGCACAGUUUCUGUAGAGACAGCGAUGGCAGUGUGAGAAAGAGUGGGGCCUGGACAGACAGAUCUUACCCGGGCAGUCGCAAGGCCAGCUUUCUGUCCAGAUUGCUGUCUGAAAAGGGACAGUUGCACAGUGACUCAGGAAGCUCCAAUUCUCGGAACAGCUCUUGCUUGGACCUUCUGCACCGGGAAAAUAGCCCCUCACUUCUGCCUUCAGCCACUGGGUACAGAACAUCAAUGAACAUGCUUCUAGAACUUUCAUCUAUUAUGAAAAAAUAAUCCAUGCGUGGGGCUAGAAAAAUGGACCCAGGAGCAGCCGGCAUCUGCAGGAGAAAAGUUGCACUUUUGUUAGCUCAAAUUGCAAGAAGAACUGCAGGAACCAUUCUCUCCACAGGGACACCCACCAGGUGAUGGGUGUGUACAGGGCCCACAGGAGACCUUUCCCUGAUGGGGCUGGGAUCAAUGUCUGGUUGCCCCUGGCCUCACCACUGGGGGGCAGGUCUGCUCUCAGGCAGGAUGAGACAGGGAGGAAGUGCAAACCAGGAGAAAAAAAUCUCGGGGAAGAGCUCCUGCCACUCUGAGGGGAGAAGGAUUAAGAAAUGGCUAUCCUUGCCCCACCGAGCAGCCUGGUGGGACUUGUUGCCCUGUUCACUGCAGAGAGCACUCCUGCUCUGCAGUGGCACAGCAGCAGCUGGAACCAUUGAAUAGAUGGAUCGAUCGAUCGAUCUCCUAUUGGCUCUCUCUGGAGGACCCUGAUACACUGGGUAACUGCCUGGGAUGCUGCGGAAGGGAGCCCAGCAUUGGAUGGGGCUGCUCUGUGCUUCUAGCCCGAAUGGCUACUGAGUCCUCUCUGUCCCCAUACUUUGCAGAGGUGGAAAUGAGGUGUGGAGAUAUGAAGAGGCAUGAUCUGUUCCACAGUGAGUUGCUAGAAGAGCCGGUGAAGACCAUGUGGAUGAAAACGAUGUUGGGGCCAAGUCCAAGUGUGUGCGUGCCCUUAAGGGGCCCACCAUAUUCCAUGUGCUUGAUGAGGACUCAUUCUAUCUUGUACAGCUGUGUAAAGUUAUUGUUCAUCCCGUUUUAUAGAUCAGCGAAGGCUCAAAGAGACGAAGUAACUUGCCCCACAGCUAAGGAUCGCACAGCUGAAGUGUCUGCUGUGCAGCUGAAUUCAAACCCAGUCCCAGCUGCUCCAAGGUGCAGACCCCUUCCAGGAAGCUGUGAAGCCGUGCUGCCUCUUGUCCAUAACAAUCAGCAGCCCCUGGGCCAUGAUUUAUUUGCACAUCUGUCUGUCCAGCUAGCCUGUGGAAGCUAUAAGGAUAAGGCCUGUGCAUUUUAAAUCUUGGAUGCCCAGCAUGCAGCACAGCAUUGGAUGAAUGAAUGUAUGUUUAUGCAUAGAUGCCAAAGACAAUAUAUUACCUUUCACUUUCAA